AUGGCUAUCCGCGGCCCUGUCGCCAACUUCUGGGCCCUGCGCAGCCACACCCUGCGUAUCGAGGCCGAGGAGGAGUUCCGCAGUCUCUGCUUGGAGUUCCCUCAGUUCGGUUACGACGUGCUUACCCGCGUCCUUGACGAGAAGCUCAAGCGCGAACGCAACGAGAAGCUGCAUCCCAGCAGCAGCAGUGUCGCCACGCCUGGCAGCUCCCGCAAGAGGCUUCUGUUCCAUUGA